GGAGACGGGGGGCGUGGUCGAGGCCGCCGCGGCCUGGCUGCCCAUCUUGCCUGGCAGAGCGGAGCUGGCCUUUGAUUGCUCCGCUGCUCCCUGUGUGUCUUGGUCGCGGUCGCUCGACGCGGAGUCGCCUCAGCCCCGACCCUUCAGCCCAGAGGCUGCUGCUGCCCAGGAAUUCACACCUGGGAGGACUAGGAGAGGUGUCAAAAGUGCUCAGAUUUCUACCUUGAACCCUCCUUUUUUGUGAGGAUGUUGCGCUUCCGCCUUCUCCCCGCCGCGGCAGGUUUAGCUGCCAUUUCUAGACGUCACUAUGGAACGGCACAUUCCCUCCAUGGUCGGCGUAGGCUCAUGAUGGUGGCUUUUGUAGGGACAACAGCUGUAACGGCAAGCACUGGACUUCUUUGGAAAAGAGCCCAUGCAGAAGCACCAGCAUCUGUGAAACAUGAUAUAAGGGCAGAGCCUGGUGAGAAGGUGAAGAACAGAGAAGAAGUAGUGAAUGAAGGAACUGAUGAUGGGAAAGCUGUUGAGUCAAGCGGUGAAGAUGCUCCGGUUGAAGAAAAGAAGAAGAAGCAGCGGUCUGGAUUUCGGGACCGUAAGGUAAUGGAGUAUGAAAACAGGAUCCGAGCCUACUCAACUCCAGAUAAAAUAUUUCGAUAUUUUGCAACCUUGAAAGUAAUAAGUGAACAUGGAGAAUCAGAAGUAUUUAUGACCCCACAAGAUUUUGUGAGAUCUAUAACUCCAAAUGAAAAGCAACCAGAAAACCUCGGACUUGAUCAGUUUGUGGUGAAACGCUAUGAUGGGAAGAGAAUCUCCCAGGAACGUGAAAAGUUUGCAGAUGAAGACAGCAUCUUUUAUGCACUUGGAGAAUGCGGUUUGAUCUCCUUUUCUGACUAUAUCUUCCUCACUACGGUUCUUUCCACACCUCAAAGGAACUUUGAAAUUGCCUUCAAGAUGUUUGAUCUGAAUGGUGACGGAGAAGUGGAUAUGGAAGAAUUCGAACAGGUUCAGAGCAUCAUUCGCUCCCAAACUAGCAUGGGCAUGCGUCAUAGAGACCGCUCAACUACAGGGAACACCUUGAAGACAGGCUUCAACUCUGCAUUGACCACCUACUUCUUUGGGGCUGAUUUGAAGGGGAAACUGACCAUCUCUCACUUCUUGGACUUCCAGCGCAAACUUCAGCAUGACAUUCUUAAGCUUGAGUUUGAAAGGCACGAUCCAGUAAAUGGCCGGAUCACAGAGCGCCAGUUUGGCAGCAUGCUUCUGGCUUAUAGCGGAGUGCAAUCGAAAAAGCUCACUCUCAUGCUGAAACAACUCAGGAAGCAUUUCCAGGAUGGAGAAGGUCUGACAUUUGAGGAGGUCGAGAACUUCUUCACGUUCCUGAAAAAUAUAAAUGAUGUGGAUACAGCUUUAAGCUUUUAUCACAUGGCUGGAGCAUCUCUUGAUAAAGACACUAUGCAGCAGGUAGCCAAGACUGUGGCAAAAGUGGAGCUGUCAGACCACGUGUGUGAUGUGGUGUUUGCCCUCUUCGACUGUGACGGGAACGGAGAGCUAAGCAACAAGGAGUUUGUUGCCAUUAUGAAGCAGCGGCUUAUGAGGGGCUUGGAGAAGCCCAAAGACAUGGGGUUUACACGGCUCAUGAGGGCCAUGUGGAAAUGUGCUCAGGAGACGGCGUGGGAUUUUGUCAUGCCCAAGCAGUAGCCACGGACCAGGAGAAAUGGUCUAGAUGCAACACAGAUGUGAGGAUCACGAAUGCUGCUGUGCUUCCUCUGCUGGAUAAGUAGCAUCGUCACAUUCGGUGUUCUGUGGACAAAGGCCUCUUCUCAUGGAAUGACAGCAUUCCUUCCAUUGCUGCACUGAGAAACAAACUCUGGCAAAGACUGUUAACAACGGCAACUUUUCCUUUAAAAAUACCUAAGCAGAAAUGCGAGCGCACUCUGCCGUCAACAUUUAUCUCAACUGCUUUGCCCUCUCCCCACCCUCACCCGCCAUGCAUCCACGCAGUUUCCAUAUUUCCCUUUUUGUUUUAAUCUCUCAGGAAGGAAACCAAGCAGACCACCAGAAAAAACAGCUUUGGAUAUUGCAGCUUCUUUUUCUCUCUCCCGAACAAACUCCUGCAUUCCAGCAAAACAGCUUAGCAAGGAUGCUUCAAAGCAGCAGCAACAAUACUGCUUGCCUCAGCAGCGGCUAGAAUUUUAAGUACUGCUGGGGCAAGAAAUGCCCAUCAGAUUGACCCAACACUUCAUCUUGUCCUGAUCCUGAAGCUGUUUUGAAAUUGUUGGGCUUUUUAUUAAAGAGAACGUGGUGGAAGGGGACUAUAACCUGACAAAAAUGAUAAGUGUCAAAGCUGAUACUAUUCUUUUCUGUGUCCAUGAGUCCAGGGGAGGGUGGAGAGGGGGAGGGAUUGCUAUGAUAGGCCUAUAUCUGCAUCCAUAUUUGCCUUUUAUCAGCAUCCUCUACAGGAGAAGAGUAUGGAAGCUCAAGAGUAGGACAGCCCUUGUUUAAUUUUCUUUUAAACGAUUAAAGGCUUGGCUAAGCA